UCCCUGGCAGCUGAACUAAAUCUCUGCAGCUCGUCUGUAAAGCAGAGAGAGGGAGAGAGGGAGAGAGAGAGAGAGCUUUAUAAAAACAGCCAGAGAGAUGAAAAAGGAGGCGGGAGAGCACCGCGCUCCUGGUCCGCCCCCAACUUGCAGCACGAGCCAUUUAGCUGUGCGAGCUCGGCCAGCUGUAGGGCGCGCGGGCGCGUGUACGUGCCCCCCCUCACUACCCCUGCCCCCACGCGGAGAAAUCAUUACCAAAUACAGAGCCCGAGCGCACGCGGAGCGAUGGCUGCAGCAGCAGCAGCAGCACUGGAUUCUGUUUACGACGCAGAGCACGAGAGCGGCACAACCUCGGGAGAAACGGACACAGCGCGCGCACGGUAUUUAAACGCACGAUCAUUUACGCGCAGUGUCUGCGAGUGAGCCCGCGAGGCUAUCCGCUACAUCAGUCCUUGUGACGUCUCCUCCUUCCCGCAGCGAGGUACGCUGCUGUCUUCCACUCGGUAGUCGUUGUUUUGGAGCGCAGCUGCAACGGAGACCGCGCUGAUACUGGAAUCUAGAGCGGCCCAGUCACCCCCCGGUCCCGUCCCCAUCAAGUGGCGCUGCACUCAGCGGGGGAACCCGAGAGCAUCCCUCCAUCCCACCCAGCGUAUCCCUCCCUUUCCUCCCUCUCUCUUUCUUGCUCUUUCACCUCAUCAUAUGCCACAGCUCUAGGGGGGGUCACAUCUAGUCAGGGACCAGGGGGGCGAAGGGAGGCUGAUCGUGGCCGCGGUAGACGCACCCUCCGCGUGGUGAGGCUGGGCUGAAGCGCCGCUGUGUCGGAGGAUGCUGCGGGAGUAGAGCGGCUCAGAGCGGAAGAUGGGGAAGGACCAGGAACUGCUGCAGGCGGUGAAGACCGAGGACCUGCUCACCGUGCAGAAGCUGCUGCAAAGGCCCCGGCCUGGGAAAGCAAAGCUCCUCGGGUCUGCCAAGAAAGUGAAUGUCAACUUCCAGGAUACAGAUGGGUUUUCUCCACUGCAUCACGCUUCCCUCAAUGGGAACCUGGAGCUCAUCUCUCUGCUGCUGGAGUCGCAGGCUGCUGUCGACAUCAGAGACCAGAAAGGCAUGCGGCCACUGCACUACGCAGCCUGGCAGGGGAAGGCGGAGCCCAUGAAGAUGCUGCUGAAAUCUGGUUCGUCUGUCAAUGGCCAAUCAGAUGAAGGACAGAUUCCUCUCCACCUGUCAGCACAACACGGCCACUACGACGUGUCUGAGAUGCUGCUGCAGCACCAGUCCAACCCAUGUAUCGUGGAUAACGCAGGGAAAACACCUCUGGACCUGGCCUGUGAGUUUGGCAGAGUUGGGGUGGUCCAGUUGUUGCUGUCUAGUAACAUGUGUGCUGCUUUGCUGGAGCCCAAAAAAGGAGAUACCACCGACCCGAACGGGACAUCUCCUCUCCACCUGGCUGCCAAGAACGGACACAUAGACAUCAUCAGACUGUUGAUCCAGGCAGGCAUAGACAUCAACAGGCAGACCAAAGCGGGCACUGCCCUGCAUGAAGCUGCCCUCUGCGGCAAGACCGAGGCAGUGAGACUCCUGCUGGACAGUGGUAUCAACGCCACAGUGAGAAACACCUACAGCCAGACAGCGCUUGACAUCGUCUACCAGUUUACUGCAACACAAGCCAGCAGAGAGAUCAAACAGCUGCUUAGGGAUGCGUCAGCAGCCCUUCAGGUUCGGGCUCUGAAGGAUUACUGCAACAACUACGACCUGACCAGCCUCAACAUCAAAGCAGGAGAUGUCAUUACGGUUUUGGAGCAGCACCCUGACGGACGCUGGAAAGGCUGUAUCCAUGACAACCGAACAGGAAAUGACCGGGUGGGAUACUUCCCUUCCACCAUGGUGGAGGUCAUCAGCAAGCGCACAGGUUUGGCCAGCACAGUCAUUUGCACUCAACAGUUUCAAAAGAUACCGCUGGUUGCCCCGGCGACGGUUGCCCCUGCCAACGCGGUAGUCAACGGCAACGACACCACGUUCCAUCAGAUCCAUAUCCUGCCUCCACCGCCUCCUCCUCCACCACAUUCCCAUCAGCCACUGCUUCCACUUUUCACUUCCUUUGGCUAUAACAGGUCGCCCGUGACAACCCCACAGGGAGACACACCCACUGCCCCAGGUUGUCGCGGCUCAGAGGCAAGUCCUCACAGCUCUCCCACCCCGUCCAGUGGGCCCCAUGGAGGCUCCAAUGAAGAUAUCUGGGUACUGCGCAAGCCUGUGGCAGGUGGAGACCGCAGCAGUGUGGGUAGCUCUGGCAGUGUGACCAGUGUGAGGUCAUCAGGCAGCGGUCAGAGCGCCGGCAGUGCCGCACACAUCCUCCAUGCACAGGCUGAGGGGGUUAAGCUUCUAGCAACAGUCUUGUCCCAGUCUGCCAAAGCCAAGGAGCAUCUACUGGAGCAGUCCAAGUCUGUGGACCAGCCUGCAGCAGGCUCUGCCACCUCCUCUCGGACAUCAAGCCAAUCAGGCUGUCCACUCCAUGAAGCACCGCCUUACGACGCCACAGCAACCAGGAAGGGGGAGGUGCCAGGCGAGGGGAAGAGCUCAGAGGCCGUUGUCCAAUGGCUGAGCGACUUUCAGCUGCAGGUCUACGCUCCAAACUUCCUGGGCGCUGGGUAUGACUUGCCCACCAUUAGCCGAAUGACCCCGGAGGAUCUGACAGCUAUUGGAAUAACUAAACCAGGUCACAGAAAGAAGAUGACAUCCGAGAUUAAUAAGCUAAGUGUAACAGAGUGGCUGCCUGAUCAGAAACCUGCCAAUCUAGGAGAAUGGCUGUCUGCUAUUGGUCUAAGCCAAUACUAUCAAGUGUUAGUGCAGAAUGGUUAUGAGAACAUCGACUUCAUCACGGACAUCACUUGGGAGGACCUGCAGGAAAUAGGCAUCACCAAACUGGGUCAUCAGAAGAAGUUGAUGCUGGCAGUGAAGCGGCUGGCUGAAAUGCAGCGCAGUUCAGAAGGGCGGGGCUCCCUCAGAAAGAAGCCCCCGCCAAUCACGCUACAGCAGGAAGUCAUGUCGAUGGACAGCCCGCCCGCAGACGAGGUCAUGUCUCCAAAGAUGAGCACCUUCCAGGACAGCGAGUUGAGCAGCGAGCUACAGAAUGCUAUGACCCAGCCAGCUCAGGAGGUCAAAGCUCAGCGAACCCGCAGCCUCAGUAAAGACCAUGAUGAGGUGAUGACAGGAGGAGGAGGUGGUGGUGGGCCACCUAAGAAGGAAGCGCGGACUAUGAGGCAGCAGAGCAGCCAGGGAAGCACCUCCUCCCACAGGGGCAGUGUAUCUUCUCAAGGCAAACACCAACACCGUCACUCCCACUCCCACUCCCAGCCUGCACCUCCCUACACACCCCCUCACACCCCUACCAAGACCAGGACCUCAUCUUCCUCUUCCACCUCCUCCAUCCAGAGCACAGCUUCCCCGCAAGCCAAACCCAAGCCAUCCCCUCAGUUUAUCCAGGGGGACAGACCUCAUUCACCGCGCUCACAACCCCCUCAGUCCCCAACCCACCGCGGAGUUACGAGUACACAGCCUCCGCCCCAACAGCAGCAGCAGCAGCAGCAGCAGCAGCAGCAGCAGCAGCAGCAGCCUCAAGUCCAGCCGCAGCACCAGGCACACCCUCAGCACCACCCACAGAUGCAGGUCAUGGAGGUCAGGGAGAGCGCACAACCACAAGUACCUCUCCUCUGUCUCCCACCGGAGGCAGAGCUGGCAGAGGGAGAUGGAGCAGAACCAUCAGCGCUCCAGAAGAAACGCGCCCACAGCCUCAACCGAUAUGCUGCCUCAGAUGGCGAGUGUGAUGAGAGAGCAAGAGGAGGAGGCAGAGAAGGAGAAGAGGAGGUAGCGGAAGGUCAGAGCUCGGCCGUUGUCAGAGGGGAAGGAGGUAAAUACGCCACAGUCACCCACCGUGUCAGCCGCAGCCACUCCGUCCGCAACCAGGAAAAGAACGUCAACCGCAACCAGACACAGUCCUUUGCUCUGCGCCAGAAGAAAAAAGGCCCGCCGCCACCACCGCCCAAACGCUCCAGCUCUGCCAUCUCCAGCUCCAACUCCAAUCUGACAGAUGCAAACACACAGCCGCUGGCACCCACCACCACGGGUGGGAUGCUGGACGUGCCUUACCACCAACAGCGGCGGGCCAGUGACUUGGGGGUGUCCGUGGAGACAGGUGUUGUGGAGACAAACAGCGUGGGGAGUGUGAGGAGCAUUGCCGCCAUGUUGGAGAUGUCUUCUAUAGGAGGUGGAGCCAAAGGGAUGGCGCUGCAGAAGAAUUUCCUGCAGGUGGGGAAAACACGUGAUGCCAUUGGUCUGGAUGGUGAAGUGGUGAACCGACGACGGACCAUCAGUGGGCCGGUCACCGAACUGGUGGCGGCAGCCAGGCGCGACCAGCCAACUCCCUCCGCUUUCCCCUCCCCCUCCACCCAGCCUGAAACUGCCCCUCCACCUGUAACUUCCUCCUCACCCCACCCUCCCUCCUCACCCCACCCCAGCUCGGGAGGCAGUGGCAGUUCAUCGGAGAACCUGCCAUUUGCAGAGGAGGGAAGCCUGACCAUCCGCCGGCAGGGUCGAGGAGAAGGACAGUGUGUAUUUUGUGUCUGUCUGCAGGGUGAUGGCGAGGGUCCCCAGGGAGACGGUGGCUACACGCAAGAGGACAUCUCCAUGGUGGAAGCCACUGCGACCUUAAAGCGACGGCCCCGCAGCUCAAAGCCUCACCCCAACGGCUCCGACUUCACCCUCCAGGAGUCGUCCACCGUCAAAAGACGGCCCAAGAGCCGCGACAAGGAGCCCGAGGGCUUUGCAGAUCUUACGGGGGCUAACGGAGAGCCUGUGGGCAGCGGGGCACCGAACACCACACAACCAGUCCCCUAUCAGAACGGCACAGCCACGGUGAAACGCCGCCCGGUGUCUGAUGCUGGAGUGACUGAGCAGCCGCAACCCCAACAUCAACCUCAACAUCAGCCCCAAGUGACUGCUGCUCCUCGCAGGAACAGUGUAGACCAAGGAGGUCCAAUGGUCAGUGAAGGAGGUCCAGUGAGGAAACCAAAGCCUCCAGUCUCCCCCAAGCCUAUUGUGGCACAGAUAAAGAGACAGGGAGGCCCACAGACCCCCCCACAGGCUGUCUCCAACAAAAGAGUCCCUCUGCCAGGCCCUGGGACACCGGGCAGCCCAGUGGAAGGAAAGAAGAUCCCUCCACCGGUCUCGCCAAAACCGGUUCCCCCACCCACGGCGCCCAAACCGGCCAAGCUCAUCCACUCCAUGACCAGCCCACCCUCCCCUACUCUGGGCCCUCCUCUGGUCAAGCAGCAUACCGCAGUGACCCGACAGACCAGCUCACCUCCCUCCUUCCCCCAGUCCAACACCCCCAGCCCACCAAAUGCCAAGCCGCCGAGCCCGUCUUCCCAAAGCCCGCACACCCCGCAGACCCCCACUACGCCACAGACACCCCAGACACCCCAGACUCCUCAGACUCCUGCAACUCCCAGCCCAACCCCGCCACCUGUCAAGCCUCCUCGCUCCUCCAUCGGGGGCGUGUCAGUGGACAGUGGGAUGACAGGGGGCGGGGUCAUGGCGCCGACUCCUAUGUCGACAGACUUUACCGUGGAUUCUUUAGUGCAUCAGAAGUUGGAGGAGACAAGUGCGUCGCUGGCUGCAGCGCUGCAGGCAGUGGAGGAUAAGAUACUGCGGCAUGAAGACUCUGUGGCUGAGCAGAAGACAACAGUCAGCAUCCUCGACGACAUCGGCAGCAUGUUCGAUGACCUGGCCGACCAGCUGGACGCCAUGUUGGAGUAACCAUAGAAACCAGUCAGCAUGUCUCCAUGGCAACGCUGCACCAGGAGUGACUCAGAUGGCACAAUGGGCAAUAUGCCUCUCUAACUAUCUCUCCUUCUCUUCAUCCUUCUCUCUCUGCCGUGCCCAUCCACUUCUCACUCUUCCCAUCUCCGGUGCCGUCCGUCCAUCUGUCCAUCCAUCGCUGCUCUGGAAAACCUCUCUUCUUCUUCUUCUUCUUCUUCUUCUUCUCUUCCUCUCAUCUCCUGCCGCUGAUGAUAAACAUGAUGGUGGAGCAGUGCCACAGGCCUGGACGGACACGUGGCAGAGAGGGCGCAAGAAUGAAGAAUGGACAUAAAGAGAGAGACGCUUCAAGAGAGAGGGGGGAAAAAAAGGACCAAAAACGACUGAUGGGGAGAGAAAGUUAAAACAAAACAAAACAAAAAAAAAUCACAAGAUGGAGAGAUGAAGAAAUGCAACAAAAUGGAGGAGACUGCAAUCAAAGUGUGGGUCUUUUAGAACUCCACGUGGACUCUUGAAGCUAUCAUGGCAAACAAAUAACAAACUAAACUAAUACUGAUUGAAAAACCAACUGUGUAAUGAAUCAUAGUAUGGUAUGUGUACAUUCUAAGCAUGGAGAGUUUAUAUCUACUGAAAAAGUCCUGCAUUAGCACAGUAAUAUAUAAUAUACCGAUAAAUAUGAAUCUCUAGCUCUUUGGUUUGAUGUCUUGGUUCUGUGUGGAAUGGUGACCUCUGGUGUUGUGACGAUGUAAAUGACUUGGUGGAAAAUUUUAUCUGUGACCAAAACGAGACUAUUCAGCUCCUGAGGUGUGUGUGUGUGUGUGUGUGUGUGUGUGUGUGUGUGUGUGUGUGUGUGUGAGAGACAGAGAGAGAGAGAGAGAGAGAGGGUGUGACAGGUGUGUGUAUGUGAGCAUCAGGUUAGUGAAUUGUUGGAAUUUCAGGAAUCAAAUUCAGUUUCCUGGCUGCAUCCUCAUCGUCAUCCUCAACACACACACACACACAUGCAUGCACGCGCUCACACUCACACGCACACACACGCACACACACACAGGAGAAGCACAAUGACCCAUGCAGCCAGCUUGCACACACACACGGGAGCCUGCACAAUAUACAUUUAAAUGAGUGAAGGGGAGGGAGGGAGGAAACUGCAGUAAGGCUACAGCAGGUUUUGGAAAGCAGAUGUUAGGUCUCGGGGGUAAAGUUGGCACUACAGAAAAUUUGGAGAAGGGAUUUCAGGAUGCGGUUAAAGGGAUUUGGGUUGAAUGCCUACAAGGUUUAAGCAAGGGAGAGGCAAUAGAGUUGGCCAGUUUUUCAGGAGGAAGAGUCUUGGGGGUUAAAGGUCAGAUUGGGCUUGGCUGCUCCAAACUCCCUCACAUAGUGCACCACAGUCAGAGCCAUGUGUUUCCAAUCAUUCCUGAUACCUGCUGUUGCUUAAAACAGUAGCAACAAACAAAACUGACAAACUUUUUAAUAGUCAACAGGAGAAAAUUCAACAACUUCAGUUUGCUAUUAUAGAAACCAAUUUGGUCCAAGUACUUUCAAGAACACUUUCAAGUAGGGAUGCAUUGCAACUUUUUCCUCCUCCGAUCCAGAUCCCCACAGUGCCUCUAAAAAGCGUUCACUCCCCUUAGACGUUUUCAUGUUGUAUUAUUUUGCAACAUUAAAUAAAAGCAGAUUUUAAUUGGUAUUUUAACACUGAUCAACAGAAACAGAGCCUUUAAUGUCAAAGUGAGAAAAGAUCUAAAUGAUAGAAAUAUAUGAAAUACAAAUCCCUUUUUUGUGUUUGCACAUUUUAAUAGCCUAAAUCAUGACUCAGAUGGUUUUAGUAGUCACAUAAUUGGAGAUAAGAGUUAAAUGGAGAUCACCAGUGUGUAGUGAAUGGGUUUCAGUUGAUUGUAGUAUUAAUACGUCUGUGUCAUGACGUGAAGACAAAGGAACACUGAAAGGUGACUGAAAGGCACAAGUCUGAGGAUGGAUACAAGAAUAUUUCCAUCAUGAGGAGAUGGAAAGAGUAUAAUACAGUUGUAAAUCUGUGUAGAGCUGGCUAAGUGUGAUUUCCAUUUCUCAAGGAUUGAUUUAACUGAACUUUAAAUUUGUCUUGCAUCCAUCCCAACUUGUGCUUUUCAAUGAUGAUUUCAUGGAGUUAAUUGGAAUGUUCUUUUGUCUUCAUGGUGGAGGUUUUACCACAAUAUAAUGAAAUUGAAACACACCAGAAGUUGGACCUGUACAGCUGUAUUUAAGAUUAAUUGUCAUUUCUCAGCACUCACAUACAUUGAAAUGAAAAGUAUCCUCCACUGAGCUACCGUGCCGCCCCAUUUAUACCACAACCAACUGAAACCCGGUGAUCUCCAUUUAACUAAUUAUGUGACUCCUAAAACCAACUGGCUGCACCAGUCCAAUUCAGGUGUGUCAUAUUAAAGUGUGGGAAUACUUAUGCAAACAAGUUACUUAUAUUUUUUAUAUUCACAUCACUUAGAAAUCUGUUUUCAGUUUGACAUUAAAGGGACUUUUUCUGUUGAUCAGUGUCCACAUUAAACUUUGAUUCAAAAUUCAAAGAAGUUCAAAGUUCAAAUUAUGAAAGUGUCCAAGGAAGGUUGAAUACUGUUUAUAUGCGCUGUACACUACACUGCAUGGAAUCAUUUUUAUGUAAGGUAACAUGAGUUGGGAGCCUGCCUUGAAUGAAUGAAUGUAAUUGAUCAUGGAAAUUUGAUAACAUUGGUGAAAUAACUGUAUUUAAUGUGGAUUGGUCACAUGUGUCUGAUACCUGAGGUCAGUGAUGAUAGUGAUACUGCAUCCCUACUUGUAAGACCCUGUUAUAGUGUAUCAAUUUACACGUCCCUGAUUUCUUUUUCUCCAGUUUUAAAAAAAAAAUGUACGAGAGGAUUGAAACCCUUCCUGACACCUCAGUGGACAUCCCUAUCUCUCAUGUCCCACACUCUCCCAACCACCCACCCCGUGUUGCCAUGACAAUCUACAUCAUCAUCCCCACCAUCCCCACUGGCAUCUCCAUGGUUACUACACAGUGUGUUGCCAUGACAGUGUGUUCAUGGGAUAAAAAAAAAAAAAAAAAAGUGUUAAGAUGGAGCGAAAGGCGGCAGAGAUCUGUGGAGCUGAAUGGUUUGUUUCAGUGUUAAAGAGGUACUCCGGUUUUAGUAUUGUUGUUCCAGAAAGCUGGGAAAGUCACUUGAGCCUACACUUCCCAUAAUGCAACUCAGUGGUGUCUUUUGUUAGACUCUCCCUGCCUGGUAAACACACAUCUUUCAAACUCCAUGAGCCCAGUUUGUAACACAGGCUUUCUAAUAUGAAUUCAGUCUGCAAGCUCAAGCUAAAAUAACCCUGAUGACAUCACUAUGACAUCACCAGGGUUAUUUUUUUCAGACUUGACAGAGCCACAGAAGACACAACUGUUUUUGAAAGGCUGAGUGGUACUAACCCAGACUAGUAAACUGAUCCAUAUGUGUAAAAUAUGCGGAGUGCCCCUUUAAAUUCCUAAAACCAACCAGAAACUGCAUCCAGCCAAAGCAAAUCUAGGUUUCUCAGUCCCAUAGCAGCCACACUCCUUAUAUAAACAAUUAAGAAUUCAGAGAAUAGUUGUGGUAUUUAAAUUAUGAAUCACAUAGAGAUUAUAUAUAUGGAUAUUUGCAAAAAUAAAAAAUGAAAAAGUGUAUUUAUGAUGUGUGUGUCAUCCUGAAGACUAUUUUUCAAAGUUAACAGAUCUAAUCUGAGUGUUGAAUCAGUUUGCUUCUCCAUGCUUAAGUGGUCCGAGCUGAUGAAUCAUUGUAGGAUACCAUGUCGGGACAUUUCCAGGAAGCAUUUUGUUUAUUUGUGUCCAGGUGUGGCAGUGUGUAUAAUACAAGCAAUUCUUGUUGUUCAGUUUUUAUUAUUUUUGUAUUAUUUUAAAUGCAAUGUUGUUUUUCCUUUAAAACAUGUGCCUUGCUUUGUGAUUUUUUGGUCUGACUACAAUACAGUAGAUGGGUAUGAACAAUA